AUGGCCUUGACGCUACUGAUCACCAUAAUAGUUGCCUUCGUCUCGUGGAAGACAUAUACUGCCUUAACCAACCCAUUGCGACAUUUGCCGGGACCAUGGAUCUCGAAGUGGACCAACUUGCGGUUCCAAUGGGCCGUAAUGACUGGCGAGCGAGCAAGCUACGAGCACGCGCUCCAUCAGCGCUAUGAAGUGUCGUUGGCAUCUAUCUCUGCAGCCAAGAUCGUGUACCAGAUUGGCAGUCCAUACCACAAACCUACUUGGUACGGGACUGCGACAGGAUUUGGCGACAUGGCUCUCUUCACUAUUCGAGAUCCUAAAGCUCAUGGAGUUCGACGAAGACUCCUUGCACACAAUUAUUCGGAGAAUUGGAUUAAGCAGAUGGAACCGUAUAUUUCUGAGAAGACGCGAGUCGCAGCGAAGAAGAUGGUCGCUGACUUGGAUGCGAGAGGAUAUACAGAUGUCAAGAAGUGGUUUACUUUCAUGGCCACCGAUAUUGUCUCUGAGGCGGCGUUUGGAGAGAGCUUUGAUACUCUGCAGAGUGGAGAAAAAACACAGUACAUCAUUGACCUGGAGAAUGAUGGCCUGCGUGGCUUCAUUCGAGCUGAGUUGCCGCUGCUCAACAAACUGGUCGCCUAUCUGAUGUUUGGCUCUGCGAACGAGGUAUCGGCCGGCUUGGAGAGGAUGAAAAACUAUGCUGAAGAUCGUAUCUCUCGAUACUUCGAAGCGUAUCGAGCUGACCCUGAUCACGUCAAGCCAACUCUCAUGAGCAAAGCCUUCUCUGCUGUCGAAGACGGAACACUUCCGAAAGUGGCCAUUACAUCAGAUGCAAUGACCAACAUCGUUGCAGGCACCGAUACGUCCGCUAUUACAGCAACGUACGCUGCGUGGUAUUUGUCCCAAGAUCCCGAUCUGGAAAACGCCUUGACGGAGGAAGUUGCAAUGCUCCCGCAACACUUCACCGAAGAGAAUCUCAUCAAGCUUCCGCUGCUCAACGGCGUAAUAACGGAAACGCUUCGUAUCCGUCCACCAGUUGGCCAAGGACUCCCACGCAUAGUGCCAGACGGGGGCGCCGAUUUCGAAGGUCACUUCGUUCCAGGAGGCACUACGGUCGCCAUUCCGGCGUACGCAAUGCAUCAUCUUCCACAGAUCUGGCGAGACGCGGACAAGUUUGAUCCUUCGCGAUGGAAUGAUGCGACGAAGGAUAUGCAGAGCGCGUUUUUGCCAUUCGGAGGAGGUAGUCGUGUGUGCAUCGGGCAGCACUUUGCGAUGCUCGAGAUGAGACACGCUUUGGCGAGCUUCUACAGGACUUUCAGCCAGGGUAUGAGGCCCGCGUGGGUGGACGGGUUCACGGCGGAUGACAUGAAGCCUGUGUCUUUCUUUGUCACGGCUCCGAAGGGGCAGCGAUGCUUGCUUGAAGUAUAA